GGGGGGUUCACGCAUUACAACCGCAGGCAGGCAGCUGCGACCACAGAUGCGCGAACAGCACUGCAGGAUCAGACUGUCCGAUCAACUUCUGUUGCGUCUGAUCACGAGUACAGCAAUGCACCUGCAGCUCUGCACUUCUGUGUUUCUGUGAGACAUAUGCAGCACGUGCAAUGCGCUGAGGGGAAUCGAGACGCGUAAAUCACGCGCACCUGCGUUUGUGCCAUCCGAGAUGCUCUGCUGAAGAUCUGCUGGAAGUGAUCCACACACACACACACGCGGAUUUUGAGUGGGAUUUUCUUCAGAUCGGAGUCUUUCUGCUGCUGUGAUGGAGUUUCAUCAUCUGUCUCUCUUCUGUCUUCUCUGCGCUCUGUCGCGAGUCUCUGCUGAAGCUGAGGUGGAGAAUCUGUCCGGUCUGUCACCGAAUCCCGAUCGGGAUAUAUUUGUAGUUCGAGAAAACGGGAGCACGUGCCUGAUGGCGGAGUUUGCGGUGAAAUUCCUCAUCCCGUAUGAUGUGCUCGCGCUUAAUGGAAUCGAUUUAAUAACGGAGCAGACGUCUUUGUCGAUCCCGCGCGGCGCGGAGAUCGCGGGAAAAUGCGGCGCGCGUGAAUCUGAGCUGCACAUCUCGUGGAUUAAUCGUGCGUUCACAUUCCGCAUCUUCUUCUCGAAGGAGAACCGCAUCAUGGGCAGUGAUGGUAAAGAAAGUGAAGUGUGGAAGAUUAACAAGGUUCAGCUGGUUUACGACACAUCAGAGAUGACACACUUUGUAAACGCUUAUAACCCGGGGAAACACACAGCCAGCACACACCGUCUGUCGGCGCUCGUGACGCCUGCCGGUCGAUCGUACGUGUGUACGGCUCAACAAACGCUCACGUUGAUCUCCACUGACCAUCAGAAGGGAAUCACAGUCUCGCUGUACGACAUCCAGGUUCAGGCCUUCGACAUCCAGAGCGACUUUAUGUUCAGUGAACCGUAUAAAUGCAUCACAGACCAGCGGGAGCAGCUGGAGCAAACCCUGCCUCUGGUGUUGGGUCUCAUCCUCGGCCUCAUCAUCGUCAUCACCAUCUCAGUUUAUCAUUUUCACCUGAAACUGACCGCACAACAGCCGCAGUUACCCCGAGACCGCUCGCUCUACAAGAACGUAAUGUGAUCAUCUUCAGACAGCCGACUCUCCUGAAGGACUUUUCACGCUGCGCUUAACCCUGGUUUAUCUUCGUUCCAAACCCCACUUUUAACCCCAGGUUAUCGAGCCUUUCACACUUGUCAUUUAGAAACGGGUUAUCCCUGAAAUUAACCCAUGGUUAUGAAACUCUGCUCUGUGGCAUAAAGGGUUAAUGGUGGGCCAAACGUGUACGGUGUGAAGUGAAGCGGGGUUAGCAUGUGACUGUAUGAGUCCACAGACAGACAGCUGAUCAGAAACUGAAGAGCAUCUCAUAUCACAAUCUGACUGUGUGUAUACGGUCACAGAAACGCCACAUGUUGUGUAAAGAGACGUUUCAACAUUGAGGAUAAUGUGUCAUAUAUAAUGAAAAGGGCCUGUAUUCUUAAUGAAAGCUCAGAAUUUAACUUAAAAACGUCUACGUGGGAGUCUUUUCUCAGAGUUGCUCUCCGAUUGGUCCUGAAGCUAAGAAAAGACAAAAACUUUGAUCUUAGUGAGGAGGCGGGGCUGACCCCAUCGCUAUGUAUGACACAAUCUUAUAAAGACUGUGAUUGAUUGGUUAUUUAAGAAGGUUAAAGAGUGCUUUUAAGUAUAGGGUCUAUAAUAAGCCAUCAGUUUUAAAAUUACAGGUGUAACUCACACACACACACAUAUAUAUAUAUGUACCAUGCUGUUAAUGUCAUACUUAACGUAUUUGAUGGGAAAUAAACAGCGACACAAGAUUCUGUAAGUUCGUGUGAUCAUUUUGCUUAUAGACGUCUGUAACAAACCCAAAUCAUCUCUGCUGCAUUUUUCCUUUGCUGAAUCUGUUACUGUAGUUCAUGUAGACAUCAUCAUGUCUCUAAUGCAACACUUUUCAUGUGUUUGUCUACUUUCCCCGCUGCUAAAGAAACUCUUAAGCCUCUUAAAAGUCUUUGUCUAAUAAUUUUAAGUUUUAAGGGUUUCUGAAUUACUUCUUUCUUUACUAGGAUCUUUUCUUUCAUUUUAAGGGGAAACGCCCACAUUUGUAAGAAUUGUCUUAGUGCAAAGAGUUGCUCCUCAUGUAAAUCUAAGAUUUUUCAUGAAUACAGGCCCUGAACUGUAGUAAAGAGUCGUAAGAGCAAGGACAGAUUUGCGAGACAAACGGUGGUUUAAGUGGUGGCGGGCUGUUUUGUGUGACGCCGCUUUAUUUAUCCAAUCAUGACUUUUGACACCGUGAAUAUGCAAAUAAGAACGUCGUUAACCCAGGGUUUAGGAAUGUUUGGAUUAUUAAUACCCAGGGUUAAGCGCUGAUUAAGUAUGUACCGUGUGAAACGGAUAACCCAGGAUUGUGUUUAUAAUAAUAACCCAGCGUAACUAUCUCAAGUGUGAAAAGCCCUGAUGAUGUCUGUGUGUCGCUUCUGAACCCAUUUUACUUUUCAAACAUUGUUGUAAUAUGUCUUGUAGUGUUUCCUGUCACUCUUGUAAUGUAAUUCUGUUCUUUAUUACAUGAAUGCAUAAAAAGAGAUGUUGAUAUUAUAAAUAAAGUAUAUUAAGAUUA